CCUCGCCCAAAUCGCCUUACAAGCAGCAAGGACAUGCCGCCCUCGCCGUCCUAUGCGUCUCGUCGGCACGAUCAAUGCUGAAGAAAGCCACGCCGUGGUGUUCCAGUCGGGCAAGGACUUCCCUGGAAUGCCGUAGCGGCUAUCUGCAAUGACCACCGUUGAGGCUGCCAUAGACGUGUGCUCGCGGCAGCCCGCUGUCCUUAUCGUGUACACGCCGUCGGACCGCCGGCUCUGAGAAGGACAAGAACGUGCCAAAUGAUAGUCAGGGAGCGACCCCCGCCCUGAUGCCGGCGACUAGUCCUGCGAGUACGCCGAACGACGAUAAGACCACGGUCUCAUGCACCUCGACACGGCUGUUGAAUGCCUCACGAGCUCGAUCUUUCCUGACGGCUGAGCGCGUGUGGACGACGGUUGCAAUCUCGUCGCCGUCUUCACCACCGACAUCAUUCUCGCGAUGCUGCCGUGUCGACUGACGCGAGUAGUGCCUUCCUCACACAAGACCGCUCGGACAUCCAAUAAAUCGCCGCUCAAGGCCUACGCCCGGCAUCUGCGACGAACGGAAACGAGCCGUCAGCGUCGCAAGCGUUGGGACGAGCAAGGGCGAGGACAGGGCGGGAGACGGACAAACGCAUAAUUCAAAGGCUGGGCACGAAGCGAGAUCUGCAGGGAGAAGGACAAGCCCGUCGAUGCACGCGGAAGGCAAGGCACCGGAUCGCGUCCUCCCGCUCGUCCCCGACGAAGGCCAGCCCUACCCCCGAAUGCGUGCCGCUACUACUUUGGCACUGCUACCCUCAGGUUCGCUCCGUCUGCCAGCGAUGAUGGUCGCCCUUGCGCUGCACCAACCCGUGGCCGCGUCGCAGGGCGAGUCGAGCUUCAAGCUAGAGGUCAGGCCGAGGAGCUUAUCGAGGACCUCCGAUGGCUGGUGGGCGGACGAGCCGAACAACAAGAUAAAUUUCUUCAUGACGGUUGACAUCAUCGACGUCUUGUCCCUAUCGCUCAUCCCCAAAUCGCACCUGCGUUUGCACCCGACACUCGCCGCAAAACAACUUCUAGCCGCCGUUUUCGCGCGUUGCCUGUGCCUUCACGCGAUGACCUGGCCUGCAGAGCACUGUUUCAAUCGGAGCGAACGUCUGGACGACGGGUUCAAGGCACUGCGAGUGGCGCCUUCGGUGCUGCGCUCGCCCCUCGACUUCGAAGCACUCGCCGCCGCUGUUGCUUCCCCCACGCCAUUGGACGCUCGCUGACACUGCAUCACCGAUCUUCUGACGAAUCGGUGGAAGGGCUCGGCUCGGCGUCUUUGUCGCAGAGCACGCCGGCGAACGCCUCCUUUAUGAGCAUCGGGCUUAAAGUUGGGAGGACGGGCGGUCGAGCUCGCCAUUUGAUUGAGGACGAUUAUUUGCAGCUUCUACCCUUCUGUGUUUUCCGGCCUGCUGAUUUGAUUGUCCCCUUCUUGGGGUUGUUCAUGCAUUUCUACGUAAUGCGAUACGCAAGCUUAGCCAUAGCAAAAUGAUU